AUGUAUGAUCACCCGCGCGCUGGCUCUGCGGGCCAGCCCCAUCGCGAUCCACCAACACCGUAUAACAUAUCAGUACUAGGUGGCGCCGGUGGCAGCUUCGCUCCUUCUCUCCCUUCACUUGUGCCCGGCUCCAUCCUGAUCGGCCGUGCCGAGUUUAUUCCUCUGAACCUGAUCGCGCAUAUCUUGACCUUCAUAGAGGACGAUGCCGCCAGUCUUGCAGCGCUGUGUGCAACCUCACGCGUCUUGUAUUAUAUGGCCCUGCCAGUGCUGUGGAAGCGGGUGCACCUACAAAGCUUCAACGGAGUGAGGAGUAGAAAGCGAAAUCGUGAUGGCGAGUUUAAAGAGACACCAGAGGGAAUGGGAGGCGCAAGCCCCUUCUCUGUAGCCCUGAAUGCUCUGGUGACACAUCCAAACGCGGGAAAACACGUGCGCAGCCUGGGGCUGGAGGGCGAGUACGGCGAGGGCGACGCAGAACUAGAGCGAUGCUCAAGAGCUGGACGUGUCAGUGAGAAUGCAAUGAUGUUGAACAUCUGUGUAAGAGCGGCGCUGGACAGGUGCACUGAGCUACAGAGUUUCUACUGGAAAUUGCAAACUCGACUUUUGCCCACGACAUAUCAAGGACUAGCUCGUCUGAAAGAUCUUAAGUCUCUACAUGUCCGCUUCCCGUCUAGCAGAGCACCGCAGCCGACAUGCGAGAUACCAACAAUGCCACAUCUGAAGAGACUCGUUGUCACGGACUACGACCCUCUAUGCUAUCCCGACGACAUAUCCAAGAUGAUAUUCGAGGCCCAAGACCUCGAGGAAUUGCAAUUACAUUUCUCUCCGAGAAUGAGAGACGCUGGCGAACCAAGCGUGCAACUGUCGCACAUAGUGCGUCGAAACAUCAUGGCAGACAGGAAAAUGAAGCUCAAGCGAGUGGGUGUCUACAAUCUCUACGGCAAGCCAGAAACCGAGCUUCUGCUGAGAGCAUGCGACGUCUCACUGGUCGAAGAGUUUACGAGCAUCAAUUGCUUUGGCAAGGAUGAGGACGAGACUGGAGCCUUGCAGACCAAUUUUACUGACCAGGCAUGGGUAGAAGGCCCUUACGAACUCUUUCCCCUCAUGAAAAUGUGGAGAGUGGACCAGCUGCACCGUGGCCACGCUAAAUCAUUUUUGCACAGAAAGGGUUUGGAGCGGAUCUACUUACUGAAUGCUCGACACGGACAGCCGCCUGACUAUGAGAGCCCUACAGGACCCGACUCAUCGACCGACGGGUCGGCCACAGACUCUUCUCGCACCUCUACGCCGAUAUCAGGGUCAAUGCGUAGCUCGAGUCUCAAGGACCUCUACCUCGACACGAUCUGCAAGGCUGCAGGUGACACCCUAAAACACCUCAUUUUUCCUUUCAAGUGGUCCAUGUCCGCCGCUAUGAUUGCGAAGCUCAUCCGAUCGUGUCCGAGCCUGACGCAGUUGAGCGCCUGCAUCGAAUGCAACGACGUCAAAGUCUGGAAGCUACUCAUGCCGUUCCUGAAACAGCUGCGAGCACUUCGGGUCAAGAUGGUUUCUGAGCCGGGGUGCUCGGACACGCCACCGAACCUGCCAUGGCAGAACUCGGAUGACUUGACGGAGGAGUUGUCGAAGCUGCUAGCGAACGGCGGCUACGAUACGUUGCGGUAUAUUGGUAUCGGAGACAUGGUAUGGGAGGCUGUAGGAUGGGAAGAGAAGAUCGAAAAGGUGCCAAUCUGCGAUAACGGGGAGCAGUUCAAAGAGGAGAGUGUGAGGAGGCGGAAGGUGAACAAGGUAAGCCGCGAACAUGUGAAGGACGUCGCAAUCUGGAAGUAUGAUACCCUAGACGUUAUUUAG